AUGAGCUUGUUGGAAGGAGCCCAAGGUUCAAAUUCUCAAGAAAUUAUUGCCUCCGAGAAGGAAAGCUGUCCACCUAGUGAACUGUGCGACCUUUCUUCAAAUCAGCCCUUGUCUUUUCACAAAACCCCAGCUGCUUUUCCCUCUAGCGUUGUCAUUCCACGUCCCGCCCUUCGCAAUCCACCGACUUCAUCUACUUCUUUCUCGCAUCACCAUUCUUCUCAACUUGUCAUGAUGUCCUCAACUAAUGACCUUUUGGACGACCCAGCUGAAGUGUCUGGCUCUGCUACCGGCAAGAAAGUGAAGAUUAUUGAACCAUCAGUGGCUGACAAUGAAUCUGAGGACGAGGAAAGUCAGGCUGUGUCGACUCAGAGUGUGGGCUUAGAACCGAGUGAUACUGGAGUUCGCCCAGGUGUCCCGGUGGCAGAUGCAACCACUGUUCAAUCAGCAGUUCCACCAAACACCACAGCUACUGCUGCCACAGACACAGCUCUAGGUCAGAAGAAAAUUAGGGAAGAGCGUAAGAAAGAAAGGGAAAAGAAGAAGGAAGAAGAAAUGCUGAAGAAAUUUAAGGCCGAACAGGAAGCAAAGCAGAAAGCGGCUGCUAAGUCCAAGUGUGGCAGGUGGAUUAAGCACAACAUCAAGAUCGGCGAAGGUGGAUAUAAGUUUGUUUACCGUGGAUACGAUUGUAUCGAAGCGCGAAACGUUGCUUGGUGUGAGUUUAAGCCUGAACAUGUUGAUACUAAAGAGAAGAGACAGGCUAUGUUUCGAGAAACGGAAAUAAUGUUGAAGAUGAAUCACCCUCAUAUUGUCCGGUGUUUUGACGUCUUUCGUGAAUGGACCAAUGAGGAAUUACCUGAAAGUCCUCUAGAGGAAAGAGGGCUUGUUAUAAUUCAGGAAUUGAUGGCUGAAGGUACCCUCAAAAGUGUUAUCCGCAAAAACUUCCUCGACGGUCAGUGUAUCUUGAAAUUUCCGCUAAUAACGCGCUGGUGGCGCCAGAUUUUGGACGCCUUAAGAUACAUGCAUCAUCAUCUGGAAUCACCAAUUAUUCAUCGCGAUUUGAAGUCAGAAAACUGCUUCCUGUACGGUGCCUCGGAUGAGGAAUACUUGAACGUAAAGGUUGGUGAUUUCGGCCUUGCAACACAUGUAGGGCACAGCGGUAGAAAAACUAUGCUAGGCACGGUAGGCUUCAUGGCACCAGAGAUAUUCGAUGAGAAGUACGACGAGAAGGUGGACAUUUACGCAUUCGGGAUGCUAAUGCUUGAAGUAAUGACCAAUCGGACACCCUACGACGAGUGUGACACUAUGCUUCAGGUGGCAGCCAAGACUAUGUCUGGUCACGGGCCGGAUAUCAUGCAGAAGAUUUCUAAUCCCAGUCUCCAUAUGGUAAUCUCUGCGUGCAUCCACCCUCUAGCCUGCUUCAGACCAACUGCUGAAGAACUUUUUCCCCUUCCGUUAUUUCAGGUGAGCAGCUACUUUGGUGACUGGCCAUGUGAUACACGGUGCCAAGACCAAAAGACCUUGUCGGUAGAAGUAGAGCCAAACUACGAAAAGAUUUCAGAUCGAACAGAAGUGAUUGAGCGCUUUGUGCGAUCGUUGGCAAACCCCGAGACUCGAAAUCCCAAAUUCAACCUCCGUUUGCGGUUCCGUGAUCGCAAGAUGUUGCAGGAACUCGGGUUGGACGAGGGUGAAUCGCUUGAAUUCGAUCUAGACAUCUACAAAGCCGAAGACCAGGACAUUCCUGAUCUUAUCCAGAGUUUACGCCGGGAAUACGAGGACAAGCUGUCCCGUGUGUACGUGAACCCGAAGCAGCCGGACAAAAAGAUAGUAACAAACCACCUGGACAAACUUUUCACCAGCAUUCGAUUGCAAAUGCAGUUCCUGGUCAAAUGCCUACUGGGCAAACGGUGGAAGGAUAUUUUGGACUCACUUGUGUCGGAAACCAAGCGGUCUAAAGACAAGCCACAACAAGUUCAAGAAAGUUCCGGAGGAUCGGUCACUGGUUCUGCUGCAGUUGGUGCUUUUGCAGAUUCUGACGACGAACCCGAUACUGAUGAUGGUAAACCGGACAAUUAUGCACACUCGCCCUAUCCUCUCCUAGGCGACUGCAGCAACUUUGCUAUAAUCGGAAAAUGCAAGACCAAGUGGCUAAAGGCAAAGAAGUUGUUAGACCGUGAAAUCCAGUCCUACCGCAAGGCGGCUUCCUUGAAUGCAUCUGCUGCGGGAACCAGUGGAAAUUGUGAGUCUUCACAAAAUCCUUUCCAGCCCCAGUCGAGUUUAUUCAUAGCACCUCCACAACCAAGCGGUCCUACGGGUACGUCGUCUCCAUCUGUGGUAAAUGUAGCUGAAGGUCUUCCAGUGCAAACCCCUCCUCUUCCAUCAGUCGGCGGCACAGCAGAAGUUGUGAAAGUGGGUACAGAAGACGUGCUGACUCGAACAGAAGGUUCCCCAGCACCCACGGAGUGCCUGCCUGUGGUUUCCCAACAGGCGAGUUAUCUAGGUGCCUGCGUGCUUGUUGCUAACCACAAAGAUCUGCCUAACAGGCAGCCGAGCAUCCCAGCAGCCAGCACGCAGAUGUAUACUCCCCUUGCUGCCGUGAAUCUACCGACUCAACCGCAGCACAUAAGUCAGCCAGCUCCACUACGACACCCUGCCCUACCAGUUGCGGGACAACCACACCCCCUCCACUAUGCGUUAUCUGUCUCCCAGCAGCCCGGUUCCCUCGGCACCCCCUUUGUUGCCAAUCAGGUGUUCCAACCUGGAACUCCACUCGUGUCCUACGUAAGCGACAUCGCUUCGCGGAUGCUUGUUUAUUCUAUCAACUUCAAUGUUCUCUCAUUCAUGGUCUUGCAAAAUAAUCCAUCCUGGAACUUUACCUCUCAGGAUGUUCAAACCAGUCUUGGCAUGACAGGGGUUCAUCCCGUGAUGCUUCAAAGUGUGCAGCCGUCACAACCCGCGGUAUAUCCCGCUCUUCCCGUUGUGACGAGCUCCAAAUCAGCUGUCCUAGUAGACCACCAGCCCUCAUCGGUCACAGCAGGAACCGCUUAUUUCGCCCAACAACCAACGAACUAUGCCACGGCCAAACUCCCUUCUAACACCAAUCUUCAAUCCCAACAGCGACUAGGUGCGUUCCAUGCGCAUCCACCUAUUUCUCUUAUCUGGAAAGCGAAGGUGGUUAACCUGAAGCCCUUCAUUCUCUUCUUUCUAGGUGAAGAGGUCCUGUUUGAUCAGGACACAACUUCAGACACGGAGCAGGCUGCUGGCCAGGCGGUGGGAACUGGGUCCACUCUGACCGAAAAUCUGCCAGUCACGUUGGCGGGUGGUGGUGUAGUGGCUGGAUGUCCAACCCUCCCCAGUCAACAUCCCACGAGUCAACCAAUUUGCACCACUGCUAGCUCCCUUCCACCCGUUACCAAGGCAAGUCUCUCCGAGGGCCUAUGUAACUCCUCCAACGUCGCUGCUGAACAGCAGCGCGUUGUUGCAUCUAGCGGCACUAAACCGAAACGGAAGAUUAGCCACCAACAAACGACUGACGAACAACAACCACCCCGCUACAUAAUCCGAAUAACCCGACUGGAACGAGAAUCGGAAGGUUGUGAUGUGCCGGGAACUCUGCGGCCGACGUUUUAUGUUGAAAUGCCAGAUGCAAACAACCCUACGAGUGAACUUUGGAAGCUGAGUUUUCGAUGCAACCUCUAUGAUACAAGCGAUGACAUUAAAUUAUUUGAUGGUUGUGGCUACACACAGACAAACGAGGAAAUAGACCGCGCGAUAAAGGAGGCCGUGGCAACCAUGCUGCGGGCCUUGCAAGCUGAUCAGAAGUCGAUUCCACUGAACCACGACUACGUUUUCUAUCCCCAACUCUCGCCUGAAUUGGUCAGCCUUUCUGCAUGUGGUGGGGCGCAGAUCAAGAAGGAGGCGACUGUGGACGAAGCGGGAGUGUUCCCCUCAAAUAUCACUAUGGAAUGUUUCACAGAUUUUGAAUCACCUAAUGACGAGGACUUGAAUGAUAGCACUCCGUCUGCUGAUUCUCCCAUUGAAAUGGGAACAUCGUCGCGAUUCGCAAGAGCGCCCGUCGUUCCAACUCCUCAGCAGUACCCCUUUGUGUCCAACGUGCUUCCUCAGUCACAAGAAGGGCCUACUUCCCUUACCUGCAAUGCCACCCUUGAAGAGGUGUCCCCGCUUAUCACUGCAGGCUUCACCGAACCCUCUGUCUACCAGUCGAAGUCGAAUCCCUCAUUUCCUCAACCCGUGGACGCAUCCGUGUGCUACGCAUCAGAACCCGGUGCAACGUACGACAGCACCGAAUCUCUCCCUGUUCAUACUAAUUCUUACACGCACCACAUGCUCACUGCUAAAGAACCCGAGGUCUUUAUUACCCUUAAGGUUCCCGCCCAUUCACAAUCUCUUAUUUCUCAAUUUGCAAGCUACCUAAGCACCAACCGACGCACUAAUCCGAUGCUUGUUGUUCCGAGCGAUCCCAGUUCUCCAGGGCAUAUUUCGGUCCUUCCUGAUCAUUCCUCCUUUUUGUGCUCACGGGGUGGUAUUUGCGGAGGUUUCAGUGUAUUGCCUCUCCCUGCGUCACAUUCUCUUCUUGUAAUUCAAGAGAACUCUGCUAUGGGCCCACAAACAAGGGUUUUUCGUCCACCCGACACUGGAGCGAUCGUCAUUAUGGCUGAUGAAGAGGUACAUUAUGUCCAACGUCCCACAGUCCUGCUACCUAGGAACCCCCAUCAUCCCCUAGUGGAAGUACCCCUUUCAGCUGCCGAUGGAUCUGCAAUGUCAUUUGACGAUAUCCUUGCCCUCAUGGUUACCCUCCGUGAAAGUUUGUCAGAUGCACCUGCUCCGAUUACUCUUCCGAAGCACCACUCUUUCACAGAGAAUGUUUCGACAACAGCACAGCAGGCCCAGUCGCAGCAUCCACAAAUACGCCAGCAAGACACGAAUUACUAUAGCCUACCUUAUGGGGCGGUGCCGCUAAACUACGCUAGAGGAACCGUACCAGCACCUCAACUUCCCGUGGUCGCUGGUGUUGCGCGCCAGCCAAUUUUCAGGGCUGCGCCCCCUCCACCCCAGCAAAUACCUGUGAGACCACCUUCGGGCAGCGUGGCCUCUGCUUCCCAUGGGGACUUUUCGGCUGUGACUGCACCGCUAGCGACCCUUGCUCCGCCGACCUCUCCAUCCGGAUGCAUUCCCAGUAAACCCCACAUGUCGCCACAAAGACCGUCACAGCAGCAGUUGUUGUCUGCCGCACUAGCGGCAUCGGGGCUGAAGCAAGACCAGGUGCCUAAUCAGUCCCAGCUAAGUCUUGUUUAUUUGGCGGCCCUUUUAUCUGCCAACCCAUCGCUAUUGCUUUCUGCUAUGUCCGCACCCGCCACAACUAUGUCUCCGUCCACUAGUGAUGCAUCGGCCCCAGCCAGCGCCAUCUCUUCUUUUCCCACCACCACUGCACCAGCUACAUUACCUAACGCUCCUUCAUUGUGGCCAAAUUCAUCUACCACGUCACUCCAGGCGUCGGCGCCUUCAGUGAUUCCCUCCAGCGUGCCCGCUUCUAACGUUACGGCCUUGACACAGUUCCUUCUACAGGCCGCACUCGAGGGAUUGCAGCAACAACAGCAACUGCCAUCUACGCCCAUUGCUGCCCCUGUAGCCACGUCUGGCCUUCUUCCAGGAGUUUUUACUUCCCCAGUAGAGGAACAUGAUGCGAAGGCUGUGUUCUUCCCUGCUUCUCAGAGUGCCCAGCCUUCCUUGCCUCAGACCAGCAAGCCACCCUUGCCGACCGUGGCACAAACUCAGCCUGCUGUUGGCCCCGCUUUUUGCCACCCACAAAUGCCUCUGCAGCCAGAAAAAUUCCUCCUUCCUAUUCCAUCUUCCAGCUCCAUUGACGCUAAUGUGGCUGCAGUACCAACGUCCGCAUCUACCAGGAAGGCUACGAUACCUGUAGCUUCAGUGCCCCAGAUACACCCACCGCAGCCGCCACCUGUGACAGCGGUUCCGCCAUCAAUGAACAGACCUCCGCCAGUUCUUGAUGCCUCAAACUUGCGGCCUGUCUCCAAGUUCAUUGUCACCCCGGUGGUGCCUGUUCCUCCCCUGCCCGCCCCUGCACUGAGGGAGGGUGGGCCAUCUGUCCCGUCCUCGUCGGGUCCACCGCCUCCACCGCUACCGUCUCCGACGCCCCAAGCCCCCGCCGUUAUUGGAAACAGAUUCACGGUGGUGUCGGUCGAGUCAAGUGGAUGCCAACAGAGCUCUGUCGAGCCCACCUCUUCACACCCACAAGCGCCCUCGUCUUCUGUGACGCUUCAACAGACGGCUCCUCCAGAUUCAAAUAUUCAAAAGAAGAUUCCCUCUAAAUUCACACUCCACUGUUUACUUAUUGGCGCCUGUGUACAAGAUGGCUCACUUCCUGUUUCAGGUGAAACCAGCGCCCGAGGCAAAGUGAAAGCAAUUCGUUGCGUCCUCAAGAAGACCGUCACCGAACUCUGCUUCCUGCGCCUCUCCGCCUCCUUCUCUUUUCAACUCGUUUUUUUCUUAAUUGCAUGCUUCGCUCCGUAUUACUACCAGAGCUGGCAAUUUCGUUUUCUCAGCGUAGUUGCUGUUUUUACUACAGAUGAUGGCGCCUAA